UUUGAUGUCUCUAAGACGGAUUAGAGUCCUUAUCCUAGAUUCCCAGCUAUUCAAACUGAACUAAAUAAACGUAUGAUCCUAAUUUGUUACUGCUACUAAUUUAGAAGAGUGUACUCCGCUACUGAGAGAGUGAGUGUAACGUCCCUCCACUGCCUCUCUCGCUAGUCAAAUGGAGUCUCGCGUCCUCUCAGGCGUCACCACCACCGCCCGCGGCGUUCCUCUUCUGCGGAAGUCACCGGCAGCACUGAGGUGCACCGCUUUAAGCUUCCCCGUUGCAAAUUCAACCGUAGCUUGCAGCCUCGAAUCCGAAAAUUUGGUAUGGGGACGGCCGUUCAAGCUGGCUACUCUACUCGAGGCUUCUCCGGCGAGCUCAAUUACGCCGGUGAUGAAAAGGGAGGUUCUCCCUCCAUGCCAUGCCUCAGCCAGUGAUUCGGGGGAUGCUAAGGUCGGUCCCGUCGGGUUCGUGCAGAAAUACCCGACGCUUGUGACGGGGUUCUUCUUCUUCAUGUGGUAUUUCCUGAAUGUGAUCUUCAACAUUAUCAACAAGAAGAUCUACAAUUACUUCCCUUAUCCUUAUUUUGUGUCUGUUGUACACUUGGCUGUUGGAGUGGUGUAUUGCUUGGUGAGCUGGUCUGUAGGCCUACCCAAGAGAGCUCCGAUUGAUUCGAAAGUCCUUAAGUUGCUUGUUCCGGUAGCUGUUUGUCAUGCACUAGGCCAUGUGACUAGCAAUGUUUCGUUUGCUGCUGUUGCUGUCUCGUUCACCCACACAAUCAAAGCUCUAGAGCCUUUCUUUAAUGCUGCUGCCUCUCAGUUCAUACUUGGACAACAAAUACCCUUGACAUUAUGGCUCUCACUCGCCCCUGUUGUUCUUGGCGUGUCGGUGGCUUCACUGACUGAGCUCUCUUUCAACUGGACCGGAUUCAUCAGUGCCAUGAUUUCAAACAUCUCUUUCACAUAUAGGAGUAUCUACUCCAAAAAAGCUAUGACUGAUAUGGAUAGCACUAAUGUAUAUGCCUACAUAUCCAUCAUUGCCCUCAUUGUCUGUAUCCCUCCGGCAUUAAUUUUCGAGGGACCUCAGUUAAUGAAGCAUGGGUUUAAUGACGCGAUCGCUAAAGUGGGCUUGACAAAAUUUCUAUCAGAUCUUUUCUGGGUGGGAAUGUUUUACCACUUGUACAAUCAGAUAGCCACGAACACCCUUGAGAGAGUAGCGCCUCUCACCCAUGCUGUUGGGAAUGUGCUCAAACGUGUUUUUGUCAUCGGAUUCUCAAUCAUUAUCUUUGGUAAUAAGAUUUCAACUCAGACUGGUAUUGGAACUUGUAUUGCAAUUGCUGGAGUUGCACUCUAUUCCUUCAUUAAGGCCAAAAUGGAAGAAGAAAAACGGAAAUUGAAAGCUGCCUGAGGUGGUGGAGAGCAUGAAAAAGAUUGGUGACAGUAAUUUAUUUCAAGUAUUUCCCAUCCAAUGAAAAGUAAAAAAGAAGCUAAAACAAUAAUUGAGUAUAUUCAUUGUAAUUGUGUAGGUAGGACUUUCACUUGACUAUUUUCUUUCAAGCAAAACAACUUUGUAAUACUGAACCAUAUAUAUCCCAUGGUCGAUUUCUUGUGAGCUGUAGGUCAUAUUUGGUCAGGGAAGUAUCAAUGUUUGCUUCCUAGAGAGAGUUAGAGACCACUAUGUAGCUGAGUUCUAUAGGGUAAAGGCUAUAUUUUAGGUUUUAAGUCGUAUAUAUGAAAAAAAAAUUGGCUCCUCCAAAAAAAUAUUUUAGCUUCAAAAAUAUAAAUACUAAGGGCAAAAAAUGAAAGAAAUAAAAAAAUAGAAAUCAAAAGUUAAAAUAGGUGACGUUAAAAGAAUAAAAGUUAAAAGUCUAAUUUCUAAAACUAGAAAUCAAAUGAGGCAAUAGUCUGUACUUUAUAUGAUUAUAAAAUGAGGCAAUUUCCAUACUCCAAUAGUUUGUACUCUAUAUGAUUGUAAAAUGAGGCAAUUCCAUUCCUAAAAAGCUAAUAGCUUUACUCCGUAUAAAAAUAAGAGGACUGGGAAUUCCUACCCCGUAAUCCUUGAGUAUUGAAAGAGAUGGUUGCAUUCUUGAUUUUUCAGAAAGAGAACUUAUCACGGAGUAUUUUUUCCACUCCUUAAUUUUGCAAUGUAUAUAGAAAG